AUGGCUGAUCUUGCAUCGGCCUCGGCCCAGCCUACGGGCUAUGACGAGAAGAAGGACGUGAAGCCUGCCCAUCCUGUGGCCCCCGCCGGCGAGGAUUUGGAAGAUGAUGAGGAUCUCGAUGCUCUCAUCGAUGAGCUUGAGUCCCAGGACGGACACGAUUUCGAAGAAGAGGGCGAGGAGGACGCCCACGGCAAUGUUCGCCAGGUCCCCGACGACAUGCUCCAGACCUCCACCGUCACCGGUCUCACCAACGACGAGGUUCUCGCUCGUCGCCGCAAGUAUGGUUUGAACGCCAUGAAGGAAGAGCGCGAAAACUUGAUUCUCAAGUUCCUCGGCUUCUUCGUCGGCCCUGUCCAGUUCGUCAUGGAGGCUGCCGCCGUUCUUGCCGCUGGUCUUCAGCAUUGGGUCGAUUUUGGUGUGAUUUGCGGUCUCCUUCUGCUCAACGCUUGCGUUGGUUUCAUUCAGGAAUACCAGGCUGGUUCUAUCGUCGAGGAGCUCAAGAAGACCCUCGCUCUUAAGGCUGUUGUUCUCCGUGAUGGUACCCUCAAGGAAGUUGAGGCUCCCGAGGUCGUUCCCGGUGACAUUCUCCAGGUUGAAGAGGGUACCAUUAUUCCCGCUGACGGCCGUAUCGUCACCGAGGAGGCCUUCCUUCAGGUCGAUCAGUCCGCCAUCACCGGAGAGUCCCUUGCUGUUGACAAGCACGUCAACGACCAGUGCUAUGCUUCCUCCGCCGUCAAGCGUGGUGAGGCUUUCAUCGUCGUUACUGCUACUGGUGACAGCACCUUCGUUGGUCGCGCUGCUGCCCUCGUCUCUCAGGCUUCCGCCGGCACUGGUCACUUCACCGAGGUUCUCAACGGUAUCGGUACUGUGCUUCUCAUCCUCGUCAUCUUGACCAACUUGAUUGUCUGGGUUUCCUCGUUCUACCGCUCCGUCGGUAUCGUCCCCAUCUUGGAGUUCACCCUCGCCAUUACCAUUAUCGGUGUCCCCGUCGGUCUUCCCGCUGUCGUCACCACCACCAUGGCUGUCGGUGCUGCCUACCUCGCCAAGAAGAAGGCUAUCGUCCAGAAGCUCUCCGCUAUUGAGUCUCUUGCCGGUGUCGAGAUUCUGUGCUCUGACAAGACUGUCUCUCCGCUUCUACCCCGUGCCAAGUCUGUCCUUUCCAAGUACAAGGUCAUUGACUUCCACCCCUUCGAUCCCGUCUCCAAGAAGGUCACCGCCGUCGUCGAGUCUCCUCAGGGCGAGCGUAUCACCUGCGUCAAGGGUGCUCCUCUUUUCGUUCUCUCCACUGUUGAGCAGGAUCACCCCAUUCCCGAGGAUGUCGACCAGGCCUACAAGAACAAGGUUGCCGAGUUCGCUACCCGUGGUUUCCGCUCUCUUGGUGUUGCCCGCAAGCGAGGUGAGGGCUCUUGGGAGAUUCUCGGAAUCAUGCCCUGCUCUGAUCCCCCUCGUCACGAUACCGCCCGCACUAUCAACGAAGCCAAGCGUCUCGGUCUCUCCAUCAAGAUGUUGACUGGUGAUGCCGUCGGUAUUGCUCGUGAAACCUCUCGUCAGCUUGGUCUCGGUACUAAUGUCUACAACGCUGAGCGCCUCGGUCUUGGUGGCGGUGGUGACAUGCCCGGUCUUCCCCAGCACAAGUACAACGUCGUCGAGAUUCUCCAGCAGCGUGGUUACCUCGUUGCCAUGACUGGUGACGGUGUCAACGAUGCCCCCUCGCUGAAGAAGGCUGAUACCGGUAUUGCCGUCGAAGGUGCUUCUGAUGCCGCUCGUUCCGCCGCUGAUAUCGUUUUCCUUGCCCCCGGUCUCGGUGCCAUCAUUGACGCUCUCAAGACUUCCCGCCAGAUUUUCCAUCGUAUGUACGCCUACGUUGUCUACCGUAUCGCCUUGUCCAUCCACUUGGAGAUCUUCCUUGGUCUCUGGAUCGUCAUCAUGAACAGGUCGCUCAACAUCAACUUGGUUGUCUUCAUUGCCAUCUUUGCCGAUAUCGCUACCCUUGCCAUUGCCUACGAUAACGCCCCCUACUCGUCGACUCCCGUCAAGUGGAACCUUCCCAAGCUCUGGGGAAUGUCCGUCGUCCUCGGUGUUGUUCUUGCCAUCGGUACCUGGAUUGUCCUCACCACCAUGCUCGCUGCUGGCUCUCCAAACGGUGGUAUCGUCCAGAACUUCGGUAACGUUGAUGCCGUUCUCUUCCUCGAGAUCUCGCUCACUGAGAACUGGCUCAUCUUCAUCACUCGUGCCAACGGUCCCUUCUGGUCUUCUCUUCCCUCGUGGCAGCUUGCCGGCGCCAUUCUCGUCGUCGACAUUAUCGCCACCUGCUUCACCAUUUGGGGUUGGUUCGAGAACAGCGACACCUCCAUCGUCGCUGUCGUCCGUAUCUGGAUCUUCUCCAUCGGUGUCUUCUGCGUCAUGGGUGGUGUUUACUACCUUCUCCAGGGCAGCCAGGGCUUUGACAACCUCAUGCAUGGCAAGUCCAUCAAGGGCAGCCAGAAGCAGCGAUCCCUCGAGGAUUUCGUUGUCUCGCUCCAGCGUGUCUCGACCCAGCACGAGAAGUCUGCUUAA